GGUAUGGCGUAAUAGUGUUUCAUAAAUCAGCGCAGGCCUAGAUCGAUGAUCAUAUUUUCUUAUGUACUCUUCUUCGGUAAUUUUUGUCUACAAUGAUGCAAACAAAUCAAGGUCUUUGAACUUUGAUAGUUCAAAGUCUGUUUGUAUAAGCAGGAUCGGAAAGCCCAUAAAGGUCCGCGAUCUACAUUUUUUGUCUUUGGACUUGUCGAAAUGUGCACAAUUCUAUAUUAUACGGCAGAAUUUCAAUAGCACAAACUCAAAAGAAAUAAGAUGACUGAGAACCAGAAUCUUCCUUUCAUUCGGUCAAGGCAUGAAUACAAAGGAGUUAUGUAUCCGAACUUUGUCCUCGAUUCUAGCAUCGAACGCCUAAGGACCUUCCAAGUUCGACCAGAUGAUGUUUGGCUCUUAUCCUUUCCCAAAGCAGGGACACACUGGAUGAUGGAGAUUGUUGGUCUGAUUCUUAGCGACGGUGACCCAGGCCGCAUCGACAGAUCGCUUUACUCAUCCACAGUGGAGAUGAUCAACAUGGAUCAACCUUUUCCUGCCACAAGAGAAGCGGAGAUCGCACAUCCGGUGGACAUGAGUCCAUUCCUGGACGUUGUCGAGGAAGCGCCCUCACCUCGGGUGAUGAUAGAUCAUCUGACCCUGGACCUUCUUCCAGAGGAUAUCCUCAAGUCAAAGAUCGUCUAUACCGCACGCAAUCCAAAGGAUUCCAUUUUAUCUUGGUAUGAGUUUGUCAAAGACGACCCAGUAUAUUCACUCACCAUGGAUAAAGCCAUAGAGGAAUUUAUGAAUUACACAAUGAACUGGGGUUGUUGGCCGAACCACGUUCGUCAGUUCUGGCAGCGACGAGACCACGAAAAUGUGACAUUCAUCUUCUAUGAAGAUCUCAUAAGGGACCCUGCUAAGAACAUCCGGAAGAUUGCUUCCGGUAUAGGUCAUCCUCUCUCAGAAGAGAUCCUACAACGAGUUGUCAAGCUCAGUCAUAUAGAUUCACAGAGACAACGAUUUCAAGAGAUGGCCGAGAGUGGGCAAGAGAAUCUUGUGGGAAAUGCCGGCCAGUAUACAUUCCUUAACAAAGGAAUAGCCGGCCGUUGGAAGGAACACUUUACUGUUGCACAGAACGAAGCUUUCGAUAAAUGGUAUCAACAUGAAAUGGCUGACACUGAUCUUUUAUUUACGUUUGAAUAGUUAAAUCAAAAGAUGUAUUAUAGACCGUUUUUCCCAGUGUUUUUUUUUUUUUUUUUUUUUUUUGGGGGGGGGGGGCACUGGAUAUAAAAACGCUGUCAAAAUAGCAGUCUUUAAAGUUGCAUUGGUCGUAGUUGUUGAGAGUUUAUGGUCCAAUUUGCGAGGGUAUACAAAUACUAAAAUACUUUAUAAAGGAUGUACUUUUUGCACCAACACUAUACGUGUUUAGGGUCCUGAAGGAGAUGGGGCGGUCCCAGGAAACUUACUCAUAUAAGUUGUUUGUUGUUUGCUUCUCUGAUGUAAUUGUAACUCAAACGUGUAUACACACAUUGGAAAAAGGAUUGCUGCUAAUGCUGGGGCUAUCGCUGUUCUUGUUAGGGGGUCAAAGUAAGUCGAGGGUACCGAAUUAUGUUUCCAAUAAUUUUAAGGGUAGGGUUUCACAUGCCAGUACUUGUUAAGGGGUGCAUUUUCAGAACAUGGAAAAAACUUAUUGUGCUUUUCGAAACCCCAUGUUCACGCAUAUAUUGACCCUCCGGGGGGGGGGGGGGUGAUGAGAAUGAAAAGAGAAGAAUCCAACAAGUAAAAAAAUGCUAUUUUUUUUAAAAUAAAAAACAGAUGAGAAAAGAAGGUUAUAUGACAUUUUGAAAAGUAACGGUUGAUUAUUAUCACAAAACAGUUAUUUUGUGACAACACAAUGUUAUGUAAUGAAAUAAUCGAUUGCAUGUGUAAUUUAAAGUACUCACUACUCGAUCAUUAUUUAUUUAAUAUUUCAUUUUUGCAGAUUUAACAUUCAGGGAACUCCUCAAUGACAAAAUGUUACAAUAAAGCAGUCCCACAUUGAGCGAGCAAUCAGUUUCGAAUUGCAAGAAAAGAAAUCGUGAAUGGGUGAUGGCAUCGGUUCACAUUUGUAUACUGACUAGGAUGUGCAUGUUUAGUUGUGAAAUUAAGCGAAACCUUAAAAUGUCAUAAUUCUAUUCAGUUACAUCAAAUUUUAAUAAAGUGUUCAGUGUUAUCCUUGUUUGAUCAUAAUGCCAGGGGUGGACUUGACUUAAUAUAAAAACAAUGCUAAUAAAGUCAUCAUGAUAAGGUAGAAAACGCUAUCUUGUAGAUUUAUUUAAUUAUUGUUUCUCUACAUAUCGCUUAAUGAACUGAUAACUCUUUUCAUAUGUUUUUUUUCUCAGUCUGUAAAGCUUUUGCAGAAAAUGCUUAUAAGUAUAUAUAUAUAUAUAUAUUCGGUAGAUAUUCCACGUGUUGGAGUAAUAUUAAGAAAAACAAGGUUGAAACUUUCAUGCUUUAAUCCAACAAAAUUUAUUUUUCAAGUUGUUGGAUUAAAGCAUGAAAGUUUCAACCUUAUUUCUCUCUCUCUCUAUACAUACAUAUAUACAUAUAUACAUACAUGUAUUGGCAUUUGGUAUGUGCAUGUUGAUUAAAAUCUUUUGAAUAUAU